AGGCAACAAACUUGGAUUAAAUUUUAAGUUGGACAAUUCAACUAAAUAUUUUAAGUGUUGCUUUUGUGUAAAUUGUCUGUCCCGCAUUUGACAGCAAAAAAAAAAGUGUUUUGAGAACGGUCGUCCCUUGUAUUGGGUGAUGUGUAUUGUGUACUAUUGCACAAUAUAGCCUCUCUUCAAAUGCACCAGUCCUGAUAACUACAGAAAUAAAAGAACAGCAUGGAAAGUUCACGCUAUUUGACUGCGGCGCGUCACAGGGGGUUGUCCCACGGCAGUGUCGAGUGGGUGUCGGUGGUUCCGAGUGUCUCCUUUCCACGGCCGUGAGGAUGUCUUCCGCUCGUUUUCACUGACGGUCAAGGACUCGAGAGCUGGACGCAAGAUCCACAACAGGAAAUGCGACGUUAUUCAAAAAAGAAACGUGCCGUGUUGCUGUUGCUGCUCAUUGCGGGGGUCUUCUACUUGGUUUACCAUUCACAGUCAUUUAACAGUGACCUGAACAAAUCAGAGGAGCCAGUGUUAAUGAACUUAACAUGGAAGGCAGAAAGGAUGGCCAGUAUGGAGUCAUGGGUGGAACAGGGAGACUACCUGCCUCUCAAUGUGACCUAUCAACUGCUUGCAGGAGUACCAGUCGCUCAGUCUAGGUAUCUAUGUAUUGGAAUAUCAUCGGUGAAGAGGAAGAAGGACAGCUAUCUGAUCUCCACAUUAGUGUCACUCUUCUCCCAAUCAUCUCCUGAAGAGCGCUCCUCCAUGGUGGUUGUAGUGCUGCUUGCAGAUUUUGACAUCAACUGGCUGACGACCACAGUGACGAAGAUAAAAUCACAAUUCUCUUCAGCGCUACAGCAAGGUCACCUGUUGGUCAUUCACGUUCCUGAGGAACGCUAUCCACCUACUGCAGGUCUAAAGCGGAACUACAAUGAUUCACCAGAAAGAGUAUCAUUCCGCUCCAAGCAGAACCUGGAUUAUGCCUUUCUUGUGCACUACAGCGCAGGCCUCGGCAGAUACUACCUUCAGCUGGAGGACGACGUCUCCUCCGCAAAGAACUUUCCCACUACCAUAAAGAAGUACAUUCAGGAGCAGGAAGCCAAGAAGACAACCUGGGCAAUGCUAGAGUUCUCAAGCCUUGGCUACAUUGGGAAACUCUACAAAUCGGCUCAUCUCCCUCUGCUGGCACGUUUUCUCUUCCUCUUCUAUCAAGAAAUGCCUUGCGACUGGUUGAUGUCUCACUUUCGACUGCUGCUGACUCAGAAGGAGCCCAUCCUUUUCAAGCCUUCAUUAUUCCAGCACAUAGGAACUUUCUCCUCAUUCCAAGGGACCUAUAACAAUCUAAAAGACAAGGACUUUGAGGAGAGUGUUUACUCCAAUCCUCCAGCUGAGGUUUUCUCUGACAUGUCCACCUAUAAGAAACACUUUCCCAAACUAGCCUGGGAUGCUGGGGAAGGAUUCUUCUGGGGCCUCUCCCCAGAGAAAGGCAACCAUUUGACUGUGGUGUUCACAGACCCAAGAGUGGUGACAGAAAUAACUGUAGAGACUGGGUCAGAGGGGAAAGAUAUCUUGGGCUCAGCGCAGGUGGAGAUAGGACACAGUGUGAUCGCCACUGCAGAAAGGGAGAAAACUUGCAAGGAUUUCCAUAUAUUGGGAUCUCUGGACAAUGGUUGGUUUGUGAUGCAGCAGGUAGAUAAAAACUAUCGGUCCGCCUCUUCGUGUUUGAGGAUACAAGUCACCGCUGGGCAGAAGGAGUGGAUCAUCAUUAGGAAAAUCAGGAUCUCAACAAAGCCCAACUCACUUUCACAGCAAGCACAAAUGUGAAUUGGUGUCAGGUUUAGUAGGGGUUUUAAAAUCAAGGGGAUGAGGCACCGGAGCACUCCAAAGGGAGGUGCAGCAGCUCAGGAAAAAUACAUAUCGUUAGAGUAGCAAGGUUGGAGGACGUAGAAAUAUUUUGGGAACCCGAGGCAACGCUCCUCUCUCUCUCUUUAUGUAAAGGAGACGUCUACUAAAUUGACAUCACAUCAUUGCUGCAACAUAAUAAAUGAACUGUCUGCAUGGCUGAAUUACAAUCACAAAUGUCCACUCGAUGCUUCAUGUUUUAAUUUGAAGUCAAACGUAAUCUCAGCACUAUUACUCAAAACAAUGCAGAUUCAUGGAUGAUUGUCAGUAGUCCCCUCUACUCUCCCCGGCCUGUGCACAGAAGAUAUUUGGCUUCUGGUGACCAAUAGGUCAGAUGUGUACGGAUGAGCGUUCGUACUGCAGACACAUCACAUACACAUCCGAUUUAUAUCCACACACACAAUAAAGCUUGGCUUGACUUGAUAUGAUAUGAAAGAGGCUCAGAAUGGAUUUGGAAAAAUCGAAAUUGUGCUGUUCACACUGCAUGAAAAAAAAA